AGUCAUGUGACCCACUUAAAGCCAUGUGGUGUAGAUGGGUGAUGUUUAAAAUGACAGUUAUGUGAAGGAACAACAGAGAAGUAAAUGCGUAAUAAUGAAACAGAUAUGGAGGUGAAUGAUGAGAAAUCCAAGAUGGCAGGUAAUGGAAAAUACAUAAAAAUUCCCGAGAAAUAUGUGAUUUGUGUUUUAACAGUUUGUGCAUCAUGUGUAUGUUAUUUGAAUUCAUUAAAUGGAGAUUUUGUGCAUGAUGACUUGUAUGCCAUCCAAAACAAUGGAGAUGUCAAUGGGAGAAAUCCGACCUGGUCCUUUCUGAAGAAUGACUUUUGGGGAAAGUCCAUUGCCGAUCCGAGGAGUCACAAAUCCUACAGGCCUGUCACUGUCCUCAGUUUUCGGAUCAACUACCACUUUGGUCAGGGUUCUCCCUACGGUUUCCAUGUCGUGAACGUCUGCCUCCACGCUUUGAUGACUGUACUGUUCACGUAUGUCUGCCAAACAACUAUACGCUUGCCGGCCCAGUGUUGUCUGAUAUCUGGUCUGCUGUUUGCUGUCCAUCCCAUUCACACAGAGGCUGUGGCGGGGAUAGUAGGCAGAGCUGACAUCUUGGCUGCCAUUUUCUUCAUGCUCUCGUUCAUAGUGUACAUCAGGAGUUUAGAGCCAAGCUGGUCAUGUUUAAAACAAGCACCUGUCACCAGAUACUGGUCCCUGAUGACCCUUUCUUUGUCCAUGGCAACAGUCUCCAUGCUGUGUAAGGAGCAAGGAAUCAUGGUCCUGCCUCUCUGUAUCCUGUAUGAUGCUGUUGUAUGCAGCAGAAUACUUCAACACUAUAGAUCCUGGCAUAAGAUAAAACCUUUCAUCACCAGAUUCAUCUUUAUAUCAUCAGUGGGAGUGGUGCUUGUGUCAUUUCGGCUGUGGGUCAUGAGAGGAACACUUCCAAAGUUUCUGCAUCAGGACAAUCCAGCUUCAUUCUCGUCCUCAUUCUUCACAAGGGUCUUCACCUAUGGAUACCUCUGGUUCUUCAAUGUGUGGCUGCAGUUGUUUCCAUCACAACUGUGUUAUGAUUGGCAGAUAGGAAGCAUCCCAUUGGUGGAGAGUCUGAUGGAUGCCCGCAACCUAGCAACAGCUUUGUUUGUUGUUACUUUUAAUCUUCUUUUGCUGAAGUGCUGGAAGCAUGCAAAGACAGAUGACCCUGAUCCAGCUGUGUUCUCAGGUGUUCUCUUUUACACCCUCCCCAUCAUUCCGGCUUCUAAUCUCCUCUUUCCUGUGGGAUUUGUUGUGGCAGAAAGAGUUUUAUACCUUCCCAGUGCGGGACUCUGUGUGUUGGUGGGGUAUGGUGCACAUAUACUAAUGAGACGUUUCCCACAUAGAAGGAACCUUAAUCUUGCCCUCACGAUAUAUUGUCUGGUAGUUCUGGCAACCAAAACUGUAAUCCAGAACUAUGUAUGGAUGUCAAGAGAGAGUCUGUUUGUAUCUGGUGUCAGGAUUUUACCAAACAAUGCCAAAACCCACUACAACUAUGCAAACUACCUCAAGGAUACAGGUCAGACAGAUGCAGCCAAAAUACAGUACCAAGCAGCAAUCAGGUUGUAUCCAGACUUGCCUAGUGCUCACAAUAAUCUAGGAACACUACUCAAUGACACAGUGGCAGCAGAAUUUCAUUAUGAGGCAGCGUUGAGGAUAAGUCCUGAUCACAAGGGGGCUAUGAUCAAUCUUGGAUCUUCUCUCAUUAAAAGGGGCCAGGGACAAAGAGGACAGAAGUUAAUUGACCGUGUCCUUGAACUAGAUCCUGAGAAUGUGGACGCCAUGAUAGUGAAGGCUUGGGUAACUAUGACGGAGGGUAAAUGGGGUCUAGCUGAGCAGUAUUACGAGAGAGCCCUACAGAGAGAUCCCAGGAACUCAGAAACUCUGUACUACUACGGAAAAUACUGGCACCAGAGAGGUGACUUGGAGAGAGCAGUGAAGCUGUACAGGAAAGCAUUCAUUAAAGACUCCGGACAGUGGAUGGCCAUGGUCAGUGCUGGAGAUGCUCUCAAACAGCUCGGCAAGUACCACGAAGCCGAAGAAAUACUUAGCAGGUCCCUAAUGAUAAGUCGCAGUGUUCCAGCCCUGGAUACUCUCGGACUUGUGUAUUUCUAUUUGGGACGGGUGUCAGAAUCUAUCAACACCUACGAAGAAAUCCAGAGACUGGCUCCAGAUAAUGCGGAAUCCCUCCUUCAUUAUGCUCAGAUUUUGGGAAAUCUUGGAGAAACAGAGAGAGCUGAAGAGGUUCUGACAGAAAUCUUACAGAGAAAUCCACACAAUCCAGAUGCUAUGGCACAAAUGUCUAACGUACUGGGACAACAAAACAGACACCUCCAGGCUUUGGAUUACUUGAUGAAUGCUAUCAAAAUUACACAAAGAGAAAACAACCAAGACAGACUGGAGACAUUGCUUUUCCAGAAGGCCAGCCAUUACAAAGAUUUGAAAAGAUAUGACGAGGCUCUACAGAGCUACAACGAAACAAUCAAAAUGAAUCCCAAAAGGAUUGAUGCCCACCUCAACAUUGGAGCCAUUUUUCAUCUUCAGAGACAUUACACAAAGGCAAAGAACCAUUAUGAAAUUGUUUUGAAACAAGAUCCAGAGAACCGCAUUGCCAAAGAUAACUUGGCUAAACUAAAAAAUAUUCAAAAUAAACACACACACUCAUAGCAAUGUUACACAUUUAAUAAACACACACACUUGUAGAAAUACGGACACAUUUAAUAAAAACACACAUUCGUAGCAAUACGGACACAUCUGAUAAACACACACACUCGUAGAAUGUAAACACUUUUAAUAAACACACACACUUGUAGCAAUGUAAACACUUUUAAUAAACACACACACUCAUAGCAAUGUAAACACUUUUAAUAAACACACACACUCGUAGCAAUACAGACAUAUUUAAUAUACACACACACUCGUAGCAAUAGACAUAUUUAAUAAACAAACACACUCGUAGCAAUGUGACAUUGAUCAGAGAAUUGUUAAACUAUUUUGUAUGUUUGUUUAUGAUAUUUGUGUAUGGUUUCUGAUUACUCAAAUACAAGUAUUUUAGAUUAUGAACUUGCUUCACAAGAAACAAUGAACAACAAUUAGAAAUUACAAUUUAUCAGUCAUGUACAUAUCUCUCUACAUCCUGAUUCAAUGCAAAUCUUCCAGUACAGAUCAGAUGUUAGCUUCAAUGUUCAAAUCACACAUUACCUUGGUAGUUUUUUUAUCAUUUGAUUUUGUGUUUGACCAAAGAUUCUGAGUACGGGUAAAUUGUUUUGAUUUUGCCCAUAUCAACUUGAAUAGAGUGAUCUGUUCAAAUCCAAAAAUAAUUGUCAAAUGACAUGCAACACUUUUAUGUAUCAUCAUACAGGUAUGUUAUGACUUAUAUACAGGUAUGUUAUGACUUAUACAGGUAUGUCAUGACUUAUACAGGUAUGUCAUGACUUAUACAGGUAUGUUAUUACUUGUGUUUUUGAAGUACAGGUGCUUUACUGUUUUAAAUUAGUUUCAGCUGUUAUAUAGCUGGUAGGGUUCAUACAAUUUAUAGAAACCAAAAUAUUUAGUUAGUGAAUAAUUUGCCAUGGAUUGUGCCAAAAAAUAUAUUUUUUAUAUGUACAUGUAAAUUAGUCAUAUUUUUAUGCAUAUUAUUUUCUUAUGUUUUGUUAAUUAAAAUUCCUUGAAGAAAA